CAGCAACGAGUCGCUCUACGGAUACAGUUGCACUGCCUGCCUUAGAGAUAAGAUAUUUUCCGCUCAAGAAACAUCGCCAUCGCCAUCGCAUCGCUGAUAUAUACCAACCACCCAGCAAGCAGCAGUACACGCUACGACCUCGCUUCCGGCGCCAUGGAGACGAAGCGGGUGGCCAUCAUCGGCGCCGGCGUGAGCGGGCUGGCGGCGUGCAAGCACCUGCUGGAGCGCGGCUGCCGGCCCGUGGUGUUCGAGGCCGGCACCGUCGUGGGCGGCGUGUGGGCGCGCGUGCCAGACAGCACGGCGCUGCACACGCCGCGGCCCAUGUACCAGUACUCCGACUUCCCGUGGCCGGACACCGUCACCGAGGUGUUCCCCGACCACCGGCAGGUCAUGUCCUACCUGGACGCCUACGCGCGCCACUUCGGCGUGUUGGACUGCGUCCGCUUCGGCCGCCGCGUGCUCGGGAUGGAGUACCACGGCGUCGCCGAGGACGACGUGGCGGCGUGGGAGGAGUGGGGCGGAAACGGCCAGGCGUUCGGCUGCGCCGGCGCUGGCGAGUGGCGCCUCAAGGUGGCCGACGCCGAGGGACGCAUUGAGACACACAAGGCAGACUUCGUAGUUCUCUGCAUCGGGAGGUUCAGCGGCGUUCCCAACACGCCUACAUUCCCUCCAGGCGAAGGUCCAGAAGCGUUCGACGGGCAGGUGAUCCACUCCAUGGACUACGCCAAGAUGGGCACCAAGAAAGCCAGGGAGAUGAUCAAAGGCAAGCGCGUCACUGUCGUCGGCUACCUGAAAUCAGCGGUCGACAUUGCCGCCGAAUGCGCUGAAGUGAACGGCGCUGAUCAUCCAUGCACAAUGGUGGUCCGGACGAAGCACUGGAUCAUACCAGACUACUUCGCUUGGGGAGUCCACAUAUCGCUGCUAUUCCUAAACCGCUUCGCAGAGCUACUGAUCCACAAGCCGGGCGAAGGCUUCCUCCUUUGCCUCCUCGCCACCCUGCUGGCGCCUUUGAGAUGGCUGUUCUCGAAGUUCGCCGAGAGCUACUACGCCAUCCCGAUGAGGAAGCACGGCAUGGUGCCGGACCACAGCCUGUUCCAGGCGCUGGCCACGUGCCUGAUCGCGAUCCAGCCGAAGGGGUUCUACGAGAGGCUGGAAGAAGGCAGCAUCGUUCUCAAGAGGUCGAAGACGUUCAGCUUCUGCAGGGAAGGCGUCGUCGUGGAAGGCGAGGUGUCGUCGUCGUCGCUGGUGGAGAGCGACGUGGUGAUCUACGCGACCGGGUUCAGAGGCGACCUCAAGAUCAAGGACAUGUUCGCGUCGGAGUACUUCCGGAGCGUCGCAGUUGGGUCAGCUUGCACUACUGUGCCUCUCUACAGGGAGUGCAUCCACCCUAAGAUACCGCAGCUCGCAGUGCUCGGUUACUCGGAGAGCAUCGCGAAUCUGUACACCUCGGAGAUCCGGGCCAAGUGGCUGGCCCAUUUCAUGGACGGCGGCUUCAGGAUGCCGAGCGUCGCUGCGAUGCAGAAGGACGUCCUCGAGUGGGAGAAGUGCAUGAAGAGGUACGCCGGCGGCAGGUACUUCCGCAGGUCCUGUAUAGGGCUCCUUCACAUCUGGUACAAUGAUCAGCUGUGCCGGGACAUGGGGUGUGAUCCGAGGAGGAAGAAGGGCUUUCUUGAGGAACUGUUCGGAGUCUAUGGCCCUGCUGAUUAUGCUGACCUUCACCCCGACCGCAAGAAAGACGACUAGACCUUCUGAGGCGGCACUCGUAAUCUAGACCUUCAUUAUAAAGUGGGUAUUGUGGGUACCAACGUUCACAGCUCCUGUUAAUGUCCAUAUCAUAUGGAUGCUGAAUAUAUAAA